AGCGUUGGUUUUUCAAUAUGCUUACGAGAAUAGUUUACAAAGAGACUCCCGUGUGUCGUCGAUACUUUUCAACUAUUUCUCGCAGGUUCCAAGAAGCUUUAUCCAGUGAAGACAAGGAAGCAGCAAAGAAGUAUUAUGGAGAUGAUGUAAACUAUGGAGAAUUGUCGAAAGCCCAGAAGGCAUUUCUCGAUCGAGUAAUUCGAGUUGACCAGGCUGGUGAAUUAGGAGCCAACUACAUUUACAUGGGGCAGUAUAUGGUCCUUGCCAGUAAGUAUCCUCAUUUGAGACCAGUCUUGAAGCAUAUGUGGGAACAGGAGAUCCACCAUCACGAUACAUUCAACAAGUUGCAGACAGAGAGAAGAGUAAGACCAUCUUUGUUGACUCCGUUGUGGAAGAUAGGUGCCAUAGGAAUGGGAGCUGGAACUGCUUUGAUCAGUAAAGAGGCUGCUAUGGCAUGUACUGUAGCUGUGGAGACGGUAAUUGGCGGCCACUACAACGAGCAAUUGCGUGUAUUGAUGAACCAGUACAACGUCCCUGUCUACGACAAGAGUACGGGUGAACAAUUGAGUGGUGAUGAAAUUAAUACGGAUAUAGAAAUAUCGCCAGAAAUCUCUAGUUUGAAAGAUACGAUCAGCGAAUUCAGAGAUGAAGAACUCGAGCAUUUGGACACGGCCAUUCAGCACGAUGCCAAGAAGGCUGUUCCGUACAUGUUGUUGACUGAGGGGAUCAAGAUGGUGUGCCGUGGUGCUAUUUGGACCGCAGAGAGGGUGUAGACUAGUUGUAGACUCAUAUGCCUUGGUAUAUGUAUAUAGUAUAUAUGAGAAAUGAUAGUAAAAAGCGCAG